AUGUCGGAUCAUAAUUUAAUCGAUGAACAACUCGUUUCGUUUGAUCAACAACAGCCAUCACCGACAAAAGCAAAAGCAAAUGAUGCAUUCGAAAAUCGUCUAUUAGAUGAUAUUGAUCCAUUCGGUAAUUGUAAUGGACAAGAUAAUCAUCAGAAUGGUACGAAUGACAAUAAGGAUUCUAAUUCAAAUCAAUUUUCCUUAACAAAUGAUCUUUUUCCAGUCGAUUUAAAUGAACAUAAAAAUGUUAACGAUACAGUUUCAUUACAUAACAAUGAUGAUUCUAAUAAUUCAUCGAUCCAUUCUCUAUCUCAAUCGAGUGGUAAUGUUGCCGACAAAAAUGCAUUAUUACUUGAACUUGAUCCUGAUGCUCCACCACCUGUACAUCUCACGAAAACGGAUACACCAUCGCCAAAUGAUCCAUUCAAACAAUUUUCUAAUAUAACAUCUCAACAAGAUAAUAGAAUCGAUGCUCUUCUCGAUUUCGGAGGUUCAAAUGAUGACGACGUCAAGCAAGAACAACACAUUAAUUUAGCAAGCUUUGAUAAUCUGAUUUCUGACGUUCAACAAUCACAUAAUGAUGAAAAUCUAAAUUUAUCUUCACAAUCAAAUGAAUUACAGCAGCAACUAUUACGGCAAGCAUCUGUAGAAUUUGAUAAUGCAGCACAAGAAUUAGCAGAAAAACUUGAUUUAAUUACUACACCAUCCCCAACAAUAACAUCUGCUCAUGAACAACGGCCAACGUUCGAUACUACUGAACUAUCAUCUGUAACUGAAACUCAAUCUGCUGCUGCUGCUGCUGCUACUACUGUUACUACAACAAAAUUAGAUUCAACUGUAUCACCAGCUAAAAAACCUGCAUCUAAUAUAACACGGCCAAGCAGUGCAGUGAAAACAAAGCCAACAUCAGCAACAUCAAAAAGUACAGAACAUAAACCAGCUGCUGCUCCUGCUUCUGCUACUUCAAAGAGCACAGAACAUAAACCAGUCACUACCACAACAACUAAAGCCACUGAACCAAAACCAGCAACACACCCAACUCGUAAAACACUUCAUCCAGGACCAGCAACUAGUGCAACAGCUUCUAAUAAAUCAAAACUAACACCUACUUCCCCAACGCAAGAAUCAUCAGCAACAGCAGUAGCAGCACCAAAACCAACACGUGAUGCUCCAGCUAAGCCCCAUUCAGCUACAACAAAACCAAAACUACCCGCUGCUAGUUCUGCUGCAUCAUCAACGACUACCACCACUACCGCUACGACGGCGGCGGUGGCAGCUCGAUCCACAGUCAAACCAGUAACAAAAACAGCUCGUCCUUCAACAGUUCCAAAAACUUCCGAUUCAAAAACAACCAUACUCUCUACUGCACCGGAAGGUAGUGCUUCAUCAACUACUGUUCCGGCAGCUUCAACAACAAAACCAAAUGUACGGCCACCUCAAUCGUCUACUAAACCACCGACAAAAGCAGCUUCAAGUACCACUGCUUCUUCAUCUUCGCAUGCUGCAUCAUCAACUGCUGCAUCACGUAUAACUGCAACUACAACUAAGCCAACCGUUCCAAAACAACGACCAACAUCACAUACUCGUACUACAGCUUCACGGCCAUCGACAGCAACUCAUACAUCGACUACUGCUCCACCAAAACGUUCGAGUAGUGCUAGUCGUCCAUCAACAGCUGAUGCCUCGACGCGUGCAUCACGUUCAACUGCAGCUGAAGGUGCUUCAGGAACAACGGUUGUUAGUAGUAAACCACAAUGGAAUUCUACUACAUCCAAAGUUGGCUCUCUUCAAAAUACAGCACAUAAAGCUGGAGGUGGUGCUGCUAAGAUCGCCACGCAAAAAUUACAAUGGACUGCAAAAUCAAAAAUUGGUUCACUUGAAAACGCUCAUCAUAAGCCAGGUGGUGGUGCAGUUAAAAUUGAAAGUAAAAAACUUGAUUUCAAAGAGAAGGCUAAACCAAGAACGGAUACUGGUAAAAACGAAACAAUGGCAUCAGGCGACGAUGCAAGUGCUAGUGCAACAGUUAAUGAUGAACAUCAAAAUCACGAUGAGCCAACAAAUGAAAAUGCAAAAUCACAAAACGCUGAGAACGGUGACAAAUAA